CUCAGAAGUCGGAACUACACUUCGGCUGCUGUUGUUCUGCUUCAGAUCGACGAUCGAUUCUCCACAAACAGCUCGCGGCAAACACUGUGUAAUGGACAAGUUUGCGCCGAGUAACGCGAAGAAGGCGAUGGAGGACAAGGAGCAGAAGCCCAAGGUGCCGUCGGCCGACCCGGGUCCGGACCAGAACCUGUCGGACCUGGUGGCUCGGCAGCAGCCGCAGCUGCAGCGGGAGCACCAGCCGCCCAACAUCUCCGAGAUGAAGCCGCUCACGCGGGAGGCGUACGGCGGCGGGAUGUACGGCAGCGAGGAAGGCGGCGGCCGGACUAGGGAGCCCGGGAGGCCGCGGGCCAGCGCCACGCAGAGCGCCGACGGGCCUGAGGAGCCCGUGGCCCGGCCCAGGCACCCGCCGCCGCCGUCCACCGGCGACCGCGACCUCGACAUCACCGGCCAGUCCUACAUCCAGUAGUUUCAUCUGCUUCGUGUUUUUGUUGAUUUGGCUGCCUCGGAACAAGCUGUAUCCGUGUGUGUGUCGUAGUACGUACACGUCUACGCUGUCGCGACUAACGAAUAAAAAUGUGAAGUUUCCUUGUUCCAACUUCGGCCCAACAAUAAUAGUCUUUCCGGCACUCCGGGCUCUAUAAAGCGCAAGUUACAUU